CAGGAUGUGUGUAUGUAUGUGAGUGUGUCUUCCCGACGUUCUACAACUUGUACGACCCGUGUUGGCCGCCCCACCGGUUCAGGCUGGCUGAAGACUGCAGCUGAAAUCAUGGCGCUUCAUUCUGCUGUCUCUUACUCUGUUCAAGAUGCCAUCACACAGCUGUUGAGACCGCGCAGGGUGGAGUUUAUGCGGCAGGUACUGCUCGUCCAGUCCAAAAACCGUGCCGAGAGCCGGGUUCUGGUGAUAACUCCAUGGAGGGCCUAUAUGUUUCACAACAAGCAACCUGUAAAGGUGGAAAGUUCCUUCAGUUAUCUUGAAAUCUACGCCAUCGCUAUUGAGAGCCUUGAACAGGUGGUGAUUGAUACAGACAAACAAACCUACUGUCUUUCUAUCAUGUCAGUGGAGGAUCUGGAGGCCAUGGUCAGCCAUGUGACUGCCUCGCUGAAGAAGAUCUUUCCUGAUUCAUCUCCGGGGAAACUGCUGAAGAAGAUCCCAUCAGACCUGCAGGAGAGGCUGUGGAAGCUAACCUCCAACCUUGAGGAGCAUCUGAGUGGAACACAGGGGCCAUGUGGUGGUUUCUCAGUAACGUAUGAGGCACUGUGCGAUUUCAACGAGCUUCCAUGCCGACAGGAAGUGCAGUGGGAUGUAGACAACAUCUAUCAUGUCCAGAACUGUCGGGAGUUCAACCUGCUGGACUUCAGUCACCUGGAAAGCAGGGACACGGCCGUGGCUGUGGCGGCCCUGUCAUUCAACGAGUGGUUUACCAAGAUUUCCAGCAAGGACCUCAAACUGCCUUUGGAUGUCCAGGAGCAGAUUAUCUUCAUGAUCAACCGCUCUCCCACACUGAAGGAGCUCUGUCUGGAGAACAGCGGCCUGAAGCUGGACUUCGCCGCGAAGAUGGCAUGGGCCUUGACAGAGUGCCCCUACUCCACACUACACAUUAUCAACCUGUCAGCCAAUCAGAUGGAAGACAAAGGUGUUUCUGCCCUCAGUCAGCACCUGGAUAAGCUGCCCUGUGGCCUCAGCCAGCUGUCCCUGUCCAGAGUGUCUCUCUCCCCUAAAGGGCUGGGUAAUCUGGCCAAUGCUUUGGUCCAGAGCAGGUUUAUCUCCAACAGUCUGACGCAUCUAGACUUGUCAGGAAACCCAGGUUGCAUGGCAACAGAGGAGGCAGCGACUCUCUGCAAGUUCCUGUCAGGCCCCAAUGUUCUGUCCUUCCUGGACCUCAGUGGGACAGAUUGUCCUCUGGACACGUUGUUUGUGUCUCUGUCUGCGGGCUGCUUCUCCACACUGAGCCACGUCAACCUCUCCAGAAACAUCUUUACCCACAGGAAAGUGCGAGAGGUGACGCGCAGUGUGAGGGACUUCUUUAGCAAGGCGUCUGAGCUGCGGUACAUGGGGCUGGCUAGGACCAAGCUUCCACCGGACGCUCUCAGGCUGAUGCUGCAGGGUUUAGCUACCAAAACGCGUCUGUGUGGACUUGAGCUGGACAUCAGCGGAUGUGAGCUGAGGUCUGCCGGAGCGCAGGUGAUUCAGGAGCACAUUUUCGAAGCCAAGGCCAUCUGCAGUCUGGACCUUUCUGACAACGGGUUUGAGAAUGACAUGGUCACCUUGGUGCUGGCGAUCGGACGCAGCCACUCCAUCCGCCACCUCUCACUGGGAGGAAACUUCGCCAUGAAGUCCAGAGUUCUUACGGAUGUCCUCCACCGCAUCGUCCAGCUCGUCCAGGAGGAGGAAUGCCCCCUGGAGUCUCUGUCGGUGUGUGACUCCAAGCUGAAGACGGGCACCACCAUCCUCAUCAACAGCCUCGCCAGCAACGCAAACCUGUCCAAGAUCGACAUCAGCGGGAACCUCAUUGGAGACACUGGGGCCAAGGUGCUGGCCAAGGCCUUGAUGAUCAACACCAAGCUCAAGACUCUUGUGUGGGAUAGAAACAACGUGACAGCCAAGGGUUACCAGGACGUGGCCAAUGCAUUAGAGAAGAACUCCACACUGCAGCACAUGUCUCUGCCCAUCAGUGACGUGUGUCAGUCCUAUCGCAGCAGCCCUGAGAAAACAGAGGAUGCCCUGCAGCGUAUCCUGAAGUACCUCCUGAGAAAUGGCCAGCAACAGACAGGAACUCCAGAGCACAUGCUGGACCUUCAGCAGGGUCUGCAGACUACUCAGUCUGAACAGCUUGUGCAGGGCCUCUGCAUGAAGCUUAAACAGAGUGUUCAGCCUCUCACCUCCUGCAACAUUCAGGAAGUACAGGGGGAUAUUCUAGCUGCUGAAGAAGUGUUGCACAACGCCAAGACCUCCAUAACGCUCCUGCCUUCACUCUAUGAGUUGGGAAGGUCGCCCUCUAAUGGUGUGAUGCUGCAACAGGUUCUACACGACACUGCUAGAACGCUCACCAAUGAAAUCUCUGAGGAGAUCCAGGAGCUGGCGCAGGAGCUGCUGCAGUGUGCGCAGUCGUUCUGCCCUCGCGUGGUGCAGCGGACCUGCGUGAGCGAGCGUCUGGCCGACAGCGUGGCCAAGAAGUCCCGGCAGGCGGCCCACUUCAUCGAGAGCACGCUGCACGAGGCCGAGAGACACAUCAAAAACAAGCUCAGCGAACUGAAACUGGCAGUUACCGUCACCCUGGUGGAAAGUGUAAUUGAUGAAGUUCUGCAAGACCUAUCUGUGGCUCAACAGAAACUGGACCAGCAUGUGAAAGAGCACACCCAGCUCUCUUCCUCCCUGAGGACCAACGUGCCACAGCUCAGAGUGGUCCAACACGAGUUCCCCACUGACGAGUAUGUCCCAGUCAUCUGGAGAAACAGCUUCCAUACCAAGAGUAUCCGUCCAGCCCCAUCUGUGAAAAGUCUGCUGGAUGUGGACGUGGAGCAGCAGGCGAGAGAGAGCAGUGCAUAUUAUCAGCAGGAAGGAGUCGGGGGAGGGGGAGGCGGAGGUGGAGGAGGAGGAGGAGGAGGAGGAGGAGGAGGAGGGGGGCUGCUGCUCUCGCCUGCUCUCUCUGGGCACGGCGAGGGGGAGCGCGAGCAGAGGGGGCGGGCCUCCUCGUUGUCGUUGGCGACGGCGCUGUCAGUCACGCCGAGGCCCCGAGGCUCCUCCCACGCGGGAAGGGAGGCGGAUGCUGCCGCGGCAACUGCUGCUGCUGCUGCCGCCGCCGCUGCUCUUAGCAACAGAGAGGCACGGCGCCCUGAGCCCGCACCUCCUCGCCCCCCUAUGGACCUGCCCAUCGAUGGCCACACACUGAGGCACUACACCCGCUCCAGGCCCCGACCCAACCGCCGCAACAGGCAGCCGCCCAGCAAACCGCAGGAGCAGGCAGCGGAGUGCGAGAAUGAAGUCAAUGAAAACAUAGGGAGGGUAGACGAGGGCGUAGAGGAGUUUUUCACAAAGAAGAUCAUCUCAGAUGACCUCCUAAAGCACCAGAGGGAGGAGCCCCUUGAUAAAGCACAACCCCCCACUGACCCCAUCCCCACCACCACGGCUCCUCCCCCCACCACAACAACAUCCACUACGCCCACCACCGCACCCAUCCCUACACCCCCCUCCAAAAACAUCAAGAAGAAGUUUGGGGACUUCUUCGCCUUCAAGAAGGUGCGCACUGCCAAGGGCACCAAAGGAGAGGGUGCCCCGGAGGGCAAGGUGAAAAAGACGUCCAUAGCCGACCUCAUCCGACCCCUGAGGGAGGCGGCGCGGGCCGAGAAGGAGCGGGAGAAAGACAGGGAGCGGGAGAGGGAGAAGGAGAGAGAAAAAGAGAAGGAGAAAGCACAGCAGGAGGAGGAGGAGGAGGAGAAAGCUGUCUCAGUCAUUCCUACCACUACCAUCACAACCACCGUCACCACAAAUGCCGCCCCGCCAGUCGAAGACGCUGUGCCCACCUCUACCCCCUCGCCAACACCCUCUCCAGCCCCCACAUCCCCCUCUGCCCCUCCUACAUCCACCCCAACAGCCAGCCCCGCCCCGUCACCCAAUCUAGCGACCGGUGAGGUUCCAGCGCUCUCCUCGGCGUCGCCCUCGCCCACCGCUGCCGUGGCUUCGGUGCCGGCCAUGUCUCCCUCCACAGAGGCGGAGAAGAGCCGCACGCUGGAGAAGAGCCGCACGCCGGACGGGGAGCGCCGGCCCAAGCCCAGCAGGCGCUCGCUGAGGGAGGGCAAGUCCCAGUCCCUCAUCCUGCUCACGGGGCUGGAGCCAGAGGAGGGGGGACCCGCUGCACAAACCAAGAAACAUGCAUCGGAGAGCUCAUCCAGUUUCGAGCAGCGUCUCCACGUCAUGCUCCACCGCAUGGGCGUCACCAAGACGCCUCCCCCCGAGUCCUCCAAAAGCAACCAGAGCAAGGAUGAGGAGCUGAAGAAAGCCAACUCAGAAGGAGCGAUCCUGGACAGUAAACCUGAACCUCCACCCACCUUUAUGAAGCCGCGCACCAUGUCCACCUCAUCAGACACCAGGCGACCUGUGCGACCAGGUGUGACAGGUGAGAAGCCGGCCCUCCCCGAUCGCCCCAUUGGCCCCCUGCCCCCCAAACCCGCCCUCAAACCAGUGCUCCCCCUGCCCUCCGAGGCUUCUUCGGCCCCCAGGAGCUCCCCAGUGGCCCCCGAGCAUCCCAGCCCCUCUGUGGAGGGACAGCCUGGAGAACGAGAGCAGGAGCAUGGGGCGACACCCCAGCCCCAGCAGAAGGAGCCCCCGAUCUUCUCCCCGCGAAGAGAGGCCCCCCCGGCCCCAUCACCACGUAGGGGCAUCAGCACAGACGCCAGGGAGCGAUCAGAGAGAGCACAAUCAGUCACUGAGGAGACCCUCCCGAAACCACGCCCCCGCAUGAAGCCCUCGCCCCAGCGCCGCGCCGUGUCUGUCCACGAGGACUCGCUCCUCCUCCAGCAGCACGCCGCCCUGCUGGACCCCGAGGAGCUGAAGGCGGCGUUGCCACGGCUGCAGAGGUCACCGGUGCGUAAACGUGCCACCCUGGGAGAGCUGCCACCUUGCUCUGAAGACCUUCCUGAGGGAGAGGAGGGUAAAGGAGUGAAGAAGGAGGAAGGCAGUGGCCAGGCCGAUGGGACCGACUACACAGCGCCCUCCGAUGGCCAGAGGGGGCACCGCCCAGCAGGGACCAGCCAGGAAGUCCAGGGAGAGACCACCGUGGACGGGGAAGGGGGGGAAACAGUCUCAGAGCAGCACAUACCAGCGCAGGGAGAACCAUCAGACCAAAGAACUGAACCCCCCUUACCCAAGACAAACAUGGACUGAGCCCCCUGUGCAAAAUCUAUUUUCUAUCAUGUCUACCUUUGCCUUGCACGUCAGAUUAUGUACAAAAUAAUGAAUUAUGAAAAAACGAACAAAACAAGAAAAGAAAGGUUUUAAAAAAAAAGAGAACAAAUCAAUACCUAUACUUGUUAAUACUUAUUAAAAAGUGAAUUCAGUUGUGUCAAAA